GCCGCCUUCCGACCACGCGUCCCUCCACUCAUCCCUCCCCAUUCCCUGCCACGACCCCCUUCCAGAAAGAAUCCAUCCACUCCACCGACAUGGCGUCGCCGCUGCCGGAGGCCGGGCUCACCGACUACGAGCGCCGGCGCGAGGAGAACAUCCGCCGCAACGAGACCAUCCUCGCCUCCCUCCGCCGCAAGGCCGCCGAGCUCUCCGCUUCCAUCCGCCCCUCCUCCCCCAAGCGCCCCAAGAAGCAGCAUCCCCGCGCGAGCCCGGCCGGCCCCAUCGUCCUCCGCCGCUCCCUCCGCACCCGCGGCAUUCCUCCCGGCGAGUCGUCCGCCUCCCCCGGCGCCAACUCCUCCCCGCCCACGCCGCCGUCCCCGACGAAGCCCCGCACCACCCGGUUCUCCUCCUCCCUCGCCUCCUCCCUGCGAGACGCCACCGCCACCGAGUCCACGCCGCGUCCGGAGGGCGGGAUCUGCGCGGCGGACGGGUUCGAUGCCGGGAGGGAGCUGGUGCUGCGUCCCGCGAACGUGAGGAGGGUGGUGCCGGGGAGGAUACUCUCGGUGCGGGUCCUGCCGCUGGCCGACCGGACCGUGGUGGUCGCCGGGAACAAGGUCGGACAUAUCGGGUUCUGGGAUGUGGAUGGUCUCGUGGAAGAUGAUGAGGAUGACGAUGGUGCAGACGGGUUGUUCGAAUAUUUUCCCCACAGGGGAGCCGUGGGGGGCAUUGUGGUGCACCCCACCGAUCCGCGGAAGAUUUACAGCUCUAGCUAUCACGGUGAAAUUUGUCUCAUGGAUGUUGAGAAGGAGAGCUUUAAUACUAUCCACUUGUGUGACUCCCCCAUUUUCUCGCUUUGUCAAGCACCAGAUAGUCACAGCUCCCUAUAUUUUGCCGAGGGAAAUGAUUUGAAACAUUUCGAUGAAAGGGCAGGUAAGGUGUCAACUACAUGGAAUUUACAUGACAAUAGAAUCAAUUCAAUAGAUUUUCGUCCGGAGAACCCAUAUCUGUUUGCCACAAGCUCAACGGAUCGCACAGUUCGCAUUUGGGAUAUGAGAAGUAUGAAAAAUAAAGGUCCGGGGUGCUUGAAAGUUUGGGAGUACAGCAGAGCCAUUCAGUCAGCUUAUUUCUCACCCAGUGGCAAUAUGCUUGCAACAACCAGCCUUGAUGACACUGUCCGGAUUUUUAAUGUGGACAACUUUGAUGACUCGUGUGUUCUCGACCAUAACAACAGGACAGGCAGAUGGCUGUCCACAUUCAAGGCAAUCUGGAGCUGGAGCGACAGCAACCUAUUUGUUGGGAAUAUGAAAAGAGUAAUAGAUGUUAUCUCAGUUGAUCGCAGUGAGAAGAGCCUCUCGGCUUCAUACACAGCAUCUCUUGAGAGUGAACACAUGACAGCCAUCCCAUGCCGGUUUUCGCUGCACCCCUACAAAGUUGGCCACCUGGCUGGUGCAAGCUCCAGUGGUAAGGUGUUUCUCUGGACCAGAGUUUAAAGGCUCCGGUGGUAAGGUGUUUCUCUGGACCAGAGCAUGAAGCAACAAGAUCUUCACCGACUCACCUGUGAAAUCCUGCUAUGCCCAAGUUCCUAACCGGGAAGAUCCUCAUCUCGUGGUUGAGUACAACACCUGGUGCUUGCUUAGCAUCAUACUGCUAUCAAAAUGUAUAAUAGUUAGCACCGCAGAACCAUUUGGUAUUGUAAUAUAUGCGAUGGAACUGAUGCCUUGUCUAAUUAUUAACUGGACAAUUUACCCAUGCAAAUGCAUUGGCUACCAUCUUAA